AAAAGCUACAUAACUUUUAUAUAUUUAUUAUAAAAAAAUAAAAUAUUACACUACAUUAAUAAUAUUUUUCAUAAACAAUACAUAUUUAAAAUCGUUUCGAUAUCGUUUUUUUUUUCAGAAUGGAAUGGCUGCGAUUUAUAGCAGUCAUUUUUGUUUUCAAUUUAACACAAAUCGAAUGUAAUAAGCUAAAUUUUCCACGAAUACUUUUACCAAUCUUUGAUGAACUGCAUAUAAAUUUUACAAUUGAAGUCACUGAAAAGGGAUGUUUUAAAUGGUCGACAUCACGCAUGGAUUUAAUUCUUCUUACACCAAUUUAUGAUUCAAAAUCAGAUUGCACAUUCAAAGCGAUUGUUUCAACAAUUUCAACAGAAAAACAUCGAAAUACAGCUGUUGUUCUGGCGGAAGAUCUUUUAAAUGGAGAAAUUUUACGAUGUGAUAUAAUUCUAGAUGUUAUUCAUGACUUGGGAGUCUUGACAACUACAAGGGAAUUAUUUUUGGAAGAAGCUCCAGAAACAUUUGAACUGUGGGCUCAAGAUUCACAAGGCAAUGCAUUUACUACUCUUGAAGGUAUUGAAUUCAAUUGGGAAAUUACAACACAAAAGAAUCAAAAUGCUGAUAAUCUAUCGCAUGAAAUUAACACUUGGGAUCACGUGCUGCGAUUUAUACCAUUUAGUGAAAGUAAAUAUCACGAAACACCAAAAUCUUUACAUACAUUUGAGCAACUUGGUAAAAAAGGUUAUAUGGUAUUACUAGAAGGUAUCAAUUCUGGGACAGCACAAGUAAAAGUAAAUUUGCCAUAUAAAGAAUAUGAACAUGUAUCUGAAGUCACUGUUGAUAUUGUUGUACUUGCUAAUUUAUUGUUAGAUCCGCUUGAUAUCAAUAUUCUCAUUGGAGAUCAAAUAGCAUUCAAAGUACUGCAACUAAAACAGGGAAAGGUGCAAGAAAUUUCUCUAAAUAAUCAAUAUUAUUUAGAAAUAGAGGAUAUUAAUACCGCAAAUGUAAAUGGAAAAAUAGUGACUGGUACAAACCUUGGAAAAACGUAUGUUGUACUUAAAGAUCGCAAUGUACCACUUGAACAAUACUCAAAAAUACAUAAUGGAUCACCAUUGCCUAAAGCAUCUAUCUCAGUUGUAUUGCCUUAUAAGCUUUCUUUAAGCUUAUUACCACACUACAAUUUCCUUACUAUAGUUAAUGAGAAGCAUACUAUUGUUAUAGAUUUAUAUACAAAAAAUGAUCAAAAAAUAUCAAUUGGUAGAAAUUAUAAGUUUGACUGUUCAUUCAAUGAAACGAUUUUUAAAAAGGAGAGAGAAAAUUCUCAAGGAAAUUACAUAAAUGGCAUUGCAAUCAAAGAAGGAAUUACAACAAUCAAUGCAUUUUUCAAAAAGUUUGAUCUAAGUACAACUGCUGAAUUACGAGUGCUAAAGGAACUAGAAAUUUCACCUAAAAAAAUAAUUCUACCAAUUAGUAUUGCCUCAAAUCAACCACAGAAAAUACAAUUUUUUGCAACUGGUGGAGAUGGAUUUUAUACAUGGAGCACGUUAAAUACUAAAUUACUAUUGAUUAGCCAAACAGGUUUGGCCGAAACUCAAUACGAAAGUUUAGAAAUGAUUUCUGAAAAUUCUGUUAACAAAGAAAGUAAUUUAGAGGGAGUCACGUCUGUAAUCGUCUCACUUACACGAAAUAAAAAAAUUAAAAAGGAAGCCGAAGUUCAGUUUUACCCACCGGAAAAAUUAAAGAUCGUGAAAUAUAAUUUUGAAACAUCAGUUGGAGAUUAUGUUAUACUACAUAUAGCCAUUUAUUCACAAAUCAAUGGGUCAUUGGUAGCAUAUACAGCUUGUGAUACUGUUAAUUUGGAUAUAGAAUUUUCAAAUGAAAUAUUCAAUGAGGAUUUGAAUACUUCUAGAAAAUCUGAAGUUAAGGACUCGUGUAGAAAAAUCUACUUAAAGGCCAUGUCAACUGGAUCAACUAAUUUAAAAGUUAGUUAUCCAUUUUCAGGAAAAGUGUUUUCAGAUGAAGUGUUCCUUGUCACUUUUGAUAAAUUAGCUAUACUUAAUCCACUUGAAAACGAAAUAGUUCUCCCAAUCGGUGCUUCUAGAAAUGUUUUUUAUCAGAAUGGAUCCCGAAAGAUAAUGAACUCUGAAGCAGAACUUAUAAAACGAAUAACAUUUGAUAAAGAAUACAUAUCAGCAUUUGAGGUUGAAAAUAAAGUUUCGGAAAAUAUAGUCAUUUACAAUAUUUUAUGUAAAAAGGUUGGUGAUCAAGAAAUUUUCAUCGACAUUCACAAUGAAUUGAAUUCUCUAGAUGUUGUUCCGUACAUCAAAAGUUUUAAAACAAAAGUAUUUUGUGUAAAACCAAGAUUUUUGACUCUUCAUACGAUAGAGAAGUUAAAAACAGAGUGUCCAUUAAAGACACAAGAUACUCAAUUAUAUCUGCAAACAGCAAAUGAUCAUAUCGAAAUAGAAAUUGAAGUAAAAGAUGCACAAAAACGAAAACUGCAAAACAUUUCGUCUAUUGAUAUUGCUUGGAAAUUUGUACAAAAUGAUGACAGAAGUAUUGCAGAGAAUAUUAAAUUUAAUCAGCGAGAAGCUGUUGAAAUAUUAGAAGGAGUUGCUGUACCAAAACAAAACACUUUGACAGUAAUAAUUAACGAAGUUUUUUCAGUGGUAAAAGUCAAGGGUAUCAUAACACAGUAUGAUGAAAAAAUUUUAAAAUAUUAUAUGAUUGAACCAGAAGAGCCAAAUUUCGGAAUUUCCAAAUCUCAGAGUGGCAAAUUGGUAAAACCGUUAAUAGAGAAUGAGUUGCAUAUUUUAUCAGUUGAAAAAACUCUUUUAGCGUUUGCAUCUAUGUCCAUCUUUUUACCAAUUAAAAAAGCAGAACGUGUAAAACUUACUCAAGGUAGUGGAUUUUAUAAUAUUAAUGACAAUCCAUCCGAAAUAAUUGAUGUAAAAUUUGAUGAAGAAACGAGGGAACUUGUAAUUUUACCGCUAAAAGUAGGACAAACAUCAGUAACAAUUGAGGAUCAAUGUUUAUCAUUUGAACCGUCGACCAUUAUAAUAUCAGUUGUAGUUAUUGGCAAAAUUGAAGUACAGUCCCUUAAUCGUAUCGAAAAGACAAAGUCUAUUGAAGCUCUCGUUAAAAUCUAUGACUCAAAUGGAAAUCUAUUUAAAAUUGAUAUUGACCACAUGGAAUCAUAUCAAGUCAAAUUGGACACAGAAGAUUCAAAUUUAUUGAGUAUUAAAUUAGGACAUCAACAAAAUUUAAAAGAUGGUGAAAUCAGGUUUAUUCUAACUGGAUUGGAGUUAGGUGAAACGAAAAUUAUAGCAAGCAGCAAAAAUAAAUACAGUGAAUAUGACGAAGAAAGAAUAGUUAGUUCAUCAAUAUCUAUUCAGGUGUUCCCUCCGUUAACAAUUCUACCAAAAAAUAUCACAAUAUAUGAAGGCAGUUCGAUACAAUUAUACUCUAAAGGAGGACCAUAUCCUGAUGUUGAUGUGAUUUAUAUUGUAAAAAAUAAUCAAAUCGCUUUUAUUAACUCAACAGUUGUAUACGGGCUUAAAGUUGGUCAUACUCAAAUUAUAGGAAAAUGUAUAGAUAAAAACGAUAUGAGUAAUGAUAAAGUAAAAUAUUCAGAAGAUUAUGUGAAUUUAUAUGUUAUUCCAUUUGAUGGUAUAACAAUUAGAACACCUAUUUUACGGAUCAAAAGCGGUGCCACGGUGCCGGCAACAAUCUGGGGAUUACCUAAUAUCUCACCAUUGGUUUUAGGAUCAUUACCUUCAUUAGAAAUAAAUUGGUCGACAAAUCAACCUAAAAUAAUUGAAAUUAAAGGAGUAUUUUCUCAAUUUGGAGCACAACAAAACAAAAUGAAAACAAUAUCCGUGAGAAUAAAUGCGUUGACCUCAGGAAAGGCACAGUUACAAGCAAUUGUUUCAUCAAACGGUCGUAAAUUUACUGCGCAUGUAGAUAUAACCGUCUUUAAGAUACUUGAGCUUGAAACGCCAAAGAAAGUAACAUAUGAUCCAAUAAUAAUUCCUCCUAUGGCUUCAGUACAUCUAAAAACAAACUUAAAUGAUGCAAUUUUUUUGCUUGAUCAACAAAAUAACAGUUUCAUACAAGUAACAAAAGAAGGAGUUGUGACAUCCAUGGUAAACAAUGGAAGGAGUGAAGUUAUAGCACAAUCUGUGGAUCAAACACUUUUAAUACCUAUUGAAGUAAAAAAUGUUCAUUAUAUACUUAUACAACCAUAUGAGGCACAAUUGAAAAACGUUGAACAAUAUAUUCCUAUAGGAUUAAACAUAGGAAUGAGAGUAUCUUUACAUGACAAUAUUGGUAACGAAUUCGCUCAUACAUUUGAGAAUAUACAUGCGUUAUCUCACCGUUUGUCGAACAAGGACCUUGGAAAUGUUCGUAUUGAUCAUUUUAACUUGAAAGCUAAGUUCACCUACACAUCUUCGAAUGUUUUAUCCGUAUAUUUGAAAGAUCAAAAUGAAGUAAAGUACCCAGAUGACUAUAUUCACUUGAUUGUCAAUGAAUCAAAUACAUUAUAUCCAAAGCAAAGAGAAUUUUCAGUGGGUGAUAUAAUAUGCUUUGACUCCCCCUUAGCAGGAUCAUUAAAAUGGCAUAGUCAAGAUCCUGAUUCGAUUUCGGUUAUCGCUGAGACAGGAGUGGCUCAUGUGCACACUGCAAAAAAUACCGAAGUAAUAAUUACUCAUAGUGGAGACUCACAGUUUUCAUACUUUGAAUUUGGAUUGUUUAUCAAAGAAUUAGACAAAAUUGAGUUUAUAAAAAAAAAUGAUAUAUUUAAUGGCGAACGAUAUUUCGGAAAACUUGUUCUUAAAAAUCAUUUACAGUUAGAAAAGAAUAUGAAUGUGUUUGGUAAAAAUUUAUCAGAAUGUCUUAAUAAGAUUCAAACUGGGUCCAAUGUAGAUCUUUUUACCUGUCAUUUAUCCAUUGAGCAACAUUCAUUCCGCCACGUCUUGAAGAGUUUCCAUUCAUUUCCUAUGUUUGAUAUCAAAACUGGUGUGUAUGGUUGUGUCAUAGAUACAAUUGAGCUACUUGGAGAUUUAAAAACCAUUAUAAAAACUGCAGACUUAGGUUUAAUUCUAGAAGCACGUUUAUCGAAUGGAAUAAAAGACAUUGCAACAUUGAAAUUUGUGCCUGCUAUUUCAAUAUCACCAGAAAUUAUAUCAAUUGAACAACUAGAAAAAAAAAUAAUUACAAUCACUGGUAUGGAAAAAAUAAUUCAGAAAGUAGAAGUUCUUUCUAGUCAUCCAAAUGACUUAGAGAUUACUUUAUUCUCCAAAACAGAAUAUACCAGGAACUAUCGUGCACGCUUAAUAAGACCAAAUGAUAAUAUGCACAUCAUUAUUAAAUCUUUUAUGACACAUCAACAUAUUGAAAUACCCAUAGUUUCUACAAACUAUGUACAACAAUGCUCAAGCCAGCCAAUGAACCACAUUUCACAUUUGCUUAUAAAUGUAGUUUCAAAUUUGGGAAGCUUUGUCACAGCAAUAGUAUUAAUCGGAGCUGUUGCAUGGAUUUUGCAGAGUUGGCAACAAAAGAAUAGCAAAAUUAUCAAUGUUUCACCUUUCAAAAUGGAUCAAUAUGACCCAGAGCCAUUGAAUAAAAGUAUGAACUCGUCCUCUUUACUUCAAAAAACAUCACCAUAUCAAACAAAUGAAACAGUUAAAUUUGCCAACACAAGUAUGUCUCCAGUGUAUGGUGAUACUGCUUUGUUUUCUCCCCAAAAAAGAACUUAUCGAAGAUUGUUAUAGCUGAACAUUCAAACUUAAAAUUUUUCAAUUGAAAAUAAAUACAUAUUUGUUUGUAGUGAA